AUGUCGUUGAAUCAACUAAGUCCAAUUGUUCAAGCGGAACUUGAGACUGGAACCACUACUCGGCCACCAAAGUUGAAAGGGGCUGAAGACUUUAGCACUUGGAAGACUCGCAUUCAGUCGUUCUUCGAGUACACAGACUACAAUCUGUGGCUCUCUGUCACCGCUGGACCCCACAUUCCAACGGUUAUUCGAGGAGAUGCGGUAGUUGCCAACAAUGAUGCAACUACCUUUACUGAUGAAGACAAGGCUCUAAUCCAACGUGAUCGUCGUGCUCAUGCUGCCUUAACCAUGGCACUAUCAACUGAUGACUUCAACAUGUUUGAAGAACACCGAACUAAGGCGGGAAAUCCUGUCACAAACCGUGCUGCAAUAAAGAAGCUGCUAGAUUCACUUCCCAAGGAAUGGAGCCUACAAUGCAUGAUGAUCAAGAAGGAUUUCCUCAACAAUCCAAAUCCUGUCACUCUGUCCGACUUGAUUAACACCCUAAGAGCCUUUGAAAUGGAUGUCAACAAAAGAGAGAUGAACACUGCUGGUUACCCACCAAAGUCAACUCAAACCUCUGCCGGAUUGAAAAACGUGGCGUUUCUUGCUUCAGGUGGCAUCACUCCACAAGCUUCUGAUUUAAUCUAUGCAAACGCUUCCGCAAGCGCAUCGAAAGCUCCACAACCCAGUGAAAAGACCAUCACGUUUGGCGAUACACAAGCGUUGAAGGUGUCUACUGAAAACGUGGCACUUUUCAACAUGUUUCUAAGCAGCUAUGAAGCUUUAAUGUCUGGAGAACUGAAGAAGGAGAUGCUCACUGCCGAAGACAUGUGUUACAACUGCAAAAAUCUGGGCCAUUUCAAGCGUGAUUGUCCUCUGUUGAAAGAAGGAAACAGUGAAACCACUCCUGCUGUAAAGCAAAUCACAGUUGAAGAAAACAAGAGCAACGCGUCUCCUAGCACGCCAAAAGCUUUAGUCGUUGAAGACUAUGAUUGGAGUGAAGAAAUUGCUGAAACUAAGGAGCAAGUCAACAAAGCUCUUAUGGCAAAAAUCUCAAUGGAGCCUGAAAAUGAAAAGAAGUGUGGAGAAGCAGAGGAGCAUGCUUUGAAAGAAGCAUCUGAUCAAAAGAAGGGUAAGGAAAAGGUCCCAGCAGCCGCCAUGAAAGCAGAUUCAUCAAAAGAGAAGGCUGACAAGGACUUAGUAACAUGUCAUGAUUUGAAUUAUGCGUUUUGUGAUGAUAAAGUUGUUUGUGAAUCUCCUGUAUUUGUGCCAGAAUUGAAAAGGAAUAGUUUUGGAAAAUUCCUCACAGAGGAGAUUCCCGAAUUUAUUCCUUCUAGAACAGGUAUGAAAGACUCAGAAAAGAGCGUCACUGAAGAUCAUGGCAAUGAAGACUCAAGCAUCACUGCCUCAGAAGAUGAGCAAAGAUCAGAAAGUUCAAGUGAAGAUCAAACAACAAGUAGUGAAAGUCUCGAAUCCUCAAGUGAAGAUCAACCCACAAAUGAUGAGAGCUUCAAAUGUUCAAGUCCUGAAACCAUUGAAGACCAAGACUCAGAAAGUUCAAACAAAGAUCAAAGCUACAAUGAGUCAAGUUACAAAGCAAGUGAAGAGCAAAGCUCAAGCGAGGACAACACGUUUGAAAGUUCAUUCGAUUCAGACAGUGAUGAAGAAUACUCAGAAGAUGAAAGCAGAAAUAAACUCCAGAAAUGGCUCCGUAUGCUCAUGGAGUACAUCUGGCAUGUGGACAGCGGAUGUUCAAGACACAUGACUGGAUUGAAGGAACUUCUGAAAAACUUUCGCUUCAUCGAUGGUGAUUUCGUAUCUUUCGCUGGAGACGAGAAAGGAGGAAAGAUCGUUGGAGUAGGAGAUGUGGUGUCUGAAGCCCUCACGUUGGAGAAUGUCAACUAUGUUCCGGAGUUGUGCUACAAUCUCAUGAGUGUCUCACAAGUCUGUGAUAAAGGAAUAUCAGUGCUUUUCAAUGACAUGGAAUGCUUGUUCCUCAAGCCUAGAUAUGUUGUUCCUGCUGAAAUGAUCAUGCUCACUGCUCCAAGACAAAACAACACAUACGUGCUCAAUAUGAAAAAUCCCAAGACAAACGACAAUCGGACCUGCUUGAUCUCUAAGGUUUCAGAGUCGGAGUCACUGCUUUGGCACAGGCGAUUGGGGCAUGUAAAUUUCAAAAAUAUGAACAAACUCUCUAAGUUAAACUUAGUAAGAGGUCUUCCAAUUAAAGAAUUCCCAUUUUCUGAAAAAUAUGAUUUGUCUCGAUUUUCAUGGGUCUAUUUUCUUGAAGCAAAAAGCAAGACAGCUGAAGUUCUCAAAUCGUUCAUCCCGCUGAUUGAAAACGUGACCAAACUAAAAGUGAAGUCGAUCAGAAGUGACAAUGGGUCCGAGUUCAAAAAUCAAACCUUCAUAUCCCUCUGUGCAGAAAAGGGAAUUCAUCUCCAAUACAGUGCAGCCAGAACUCCCCGACAAAAUGGAGUCGCUGAACGCAAGAAUAGAACGUUGAUCGAAGCUGCACGAACCAUGCUGGUGGAUUCAAAACUUCCAAUCAUCUUCUGGGCAGAAGCCGUAAAUACGACAUGCUAUGCUCUGAACAGGGUACUCAUUGUAAAACCACAUGGAAAGACUGCAUAUGAACUUCUCUUCAAAAGAAAGCCGCUCAUUGACUUCUUCAGACCAUUUGGUUGUUAG